UAGAAUUGCUCGAGUCUUCUGCUACAUAUCUUAACUAGUGACUUCUUCCUUCCCUCAUUACGUCCCAGUCUGCGCUGUGGGUGCCUUUGAAGGCCAGUAUUGCCAAUUGCAUGCUCAUCCGUCCCUGGGGAAAACACAAGGAGCGCGACAGGCCGAGGCCGAGAGGUUUAACUGCUGCAUUGAAAGAGCACACGUUUCAGAUAAAGGGACAAAAUGGAGCACGCUAACAAUGCUCCAAAAUUUGACAUAAACUACGACAUCUUUGAGAAUGCGUCACCUCAACGACCCAUUACUUCACACAGAGAACCAUUACCUACUGACACCGUCGACGGGGUCCUUCACAAGCACAAUAUUGUCAAUUUUUCGAGGAAGCGAGGACCUCAGGAUUUGCUCAACAUCCACGGACAAGGAGGCGAUGGAGAGGCAAAGCGUCAGCGUCAUGCCGCCUGGCCUGAGCAUAGAAACGAAGGUCUUGAUGACGGCCCUUCCAAGGCAGAGCAAUUGAACAUGUCGCCUUCGCGCGUCUCGAAAUUCCGAGAGGCUAGCAUGCACGAUCGGCCCAGCGAGCAACCGCCAAGUAUUUUCACGCGUCACUUCAACAAUCAUUUCGGUACCUCGGACGAUGAGCUGAUGGAUGAGUAUCACAAAAACAAUGACAAGCCAUUGCUUUCUCAUCCCGCUGCAAGUAGGUCCGGCAAGAUGAAAUCUCCCGAACCAAAAAGACCGUCUAGCUCCGUUGCUACUUUCACAUUCUCGGAAGACACUGAAGACGGCAAAUCUGCAGGUAUAUUCAAGUUCGGCAAAUCUCUAGCAUCUGCAUUCAACCCUAUGGCAGCCUGGUCCAAGUUCACAGCUAGUUGGCGUAACGCGAAAGAGGAGCUGAUCGAGGAGGCCGAGGACGCCCAGAAACGAGAAAUGUUGGAGCGGCAGAGAAAGGCUGAGCAAGCAUACGCCGAACUCAAACAAGCUGGCAAGUUAGGAGCCCAGGGUGCGCGCAAGAUGGAGAAUACGCCGGUUUUCACACCAGGUUACAGGCAGCCUCCGGUCAAGGAGAGUGGCAAUCCACGCGACUCUGCUAUCUCGAUGGAUUCCGGAUCUUGCACGUCCGUUGAAACAUCGAAAGACUCAUUCUUGCUGCAGUCAGAUGGCUCGCCGAAAAAGAAACAUCGUCACCACCGUACACCCUCGUUCCGUAACCUGAAAAAGAUGGCCUCUGAAUUCAAUUUGCAACGGCGCUCCGCAUCUAUGUCACAGUCACCGGAGAAACGAGAUCUAAACGUAAGCGAUGAGCAACCAGGCUGCUUGCGUCGAAGUGUAUCUCGUAGCAAUAUCUUCGAACUGCUAGGUGCCGAGGACAAACUGGCGUCUCUGCGUGGCAGCAGAUCUCGGGCUAAUCUUGUGGAGAAUGAUGUCGAUGAAUUCGGGAAUUUGCGCCCGAGAAAGGAUAUAGCAAAGCAGGCGAAGCUGACGAAGCGUGUAAGUGACCUGGAGGCGAAACUUGAAUCUGCACGUAGAGAGCUUGAUCGAGCUAUGGGUGUUGUGCCUCUCGUGCCUACCUUGCCCAACUUGCCAUCAAAUUCCAUCGAGCAUCGUCUGAUUCCUCGUACUGAGCGUCGCGCUGGUGGAGAGCGUGAUUUUGUUCCUGCGCUGCCCACGGUCCUAUCUGAGAGCUUACUUAUUCAGCCAGCCUUGAUCGAAAACAUGUCGCAUACGGUUGAAACUAGAUCAUUUGCGACUACCGAUCCUCUCUCCCAUUCAGACGGUAACUCCCAGGCUAGAUGCAAGAAGGUUUCCAAAGACUUACCGCUUCAAGUGUCCAGCGGCAAUACCAUGUACUCCCAGGCAAACAAGCCGCUUCUCAAGCCCGACUUUGGACAUUCACUUCCGUCAAAGGAAAACAGUCCAUGCCCGCCAGAAUAUCACCCGCUUCCUGCUCUGCAAGCAACUGCAGAGGAGCGUCAGGCUUUCCUCUCCGAUGACUCUAUUAGUACCGAAUCUGCGAAGAAAAAGUUGUCGAAGAAGGAUUCAUCAACGAAGACGAAGCGCCUAAGCACGGGAGACAAGACCUAUGGACACCACGUGAAAUUAACUACGAAUGACGACACCAAGUGGAAUAGGGGAUGUGACAAGCCAAAUCAGCUUGAAUUUAAAGGACUUGAUCAUCCCGAAGAGAGUCCGGCACAUUCACACAUUCCCGUCCUCGAAAGUACAGAGAUUUCCAAGAUCGAUACUAGAUCUAAGAAGUCUCCAAAAGUGCUUACCAAGACAGCACCUAAAAAUACGCAUAAGGACUUACCACCCACUCCAGGCGAACUUGAGUCUCGCCGAAGCUUGGAUACAGUGCACGAGGAGGUAAUCUUCUCAAACACUAUUCCUGCCAAGAAUGGCUCUCCUCCUCAGCCGAUUGCUCAUACGACACCUGCAUUCCCUCGACGUGGUCUCAACGGCGGUAGCCCAUACCGGAUGCGCAGUCCACAUCGUGUGAAGAAGGCAACUACUCCGCGCCGCGUUAGGGACGAGAGAAGCUCUAGUCCCCCGCCUAGCAGUUCGAGAGCACGACUCCAGGGCAAGGAUGAGGAUAUUAUUAUGAAGUGUCCAAAUGGACGAGACGUGCCUGAAUUGCCAAGAAAAGUGGAUAGCAAGGACAGCUUUGAAUGGCCGGAUGACGUGUUCUGACCAGGAGUCGCUUGCGGUUUUUUAGACUGAAUCGAACCAGGUCUGACAUGGAGCGCACAUGCUCGCGACGUUUGUGCUUCAGGAAACGUGAAACGAGACACGACCAUGAAAGGUAAUGGCUUUUACGACUUUCAUGAGAGCGAGCUUCAGCGCAGCUUUGUCUGUUUGCUUUCUUGAUUUGCGUUCUUGACUCUUUCCAUGACGUUUGAUACUCGUUGCUCUAUCUUUUGACGGGUAGCUGUACAAUGAAUGGAGCUUUGAUUUUCAUGGGAGCAUUAAGAACAUCUCAAGUGUAUAUUUUAGCAUUGAUUGGAGCAAUGAAUGCUCGGCGAUAAGUUGACACGAUGAGGACAUCAUGCUCCGUGAAUUGCCGGAAUGGAUUAACUGCAAUACGACGAUUCAAUUCAAAAUCUCU